CGGAGCACUCGCCUCGCUCUCCGGCGACGUCCACGUCGACGACACUGUCAAUACGACAACAAUGCCCGCCGCAUAUGCGCCCUCAGAGCCGGCGAGCAUCAGCGAUGACCUGAACGAUUACGAUGUCAUCUCUGACAACGAUCCGCGUUCCCUUGAGUCCAGUAUCGCAGACCUCAGAAUCGACAGUCCAACAGUUGCCGCUCCGGCUCCACGUCCUCCGCGAGAGGUGCCACCAUCUGAAGAUGCAAAGGCCUUGUUUGAAACUGCAAGGCUCUCUGCAGAUGACGUGCAGGCUUUAGUACAGAAGACAGUCACUGGACCGGGCAAGGGAGCUGUCGGACCUCGAAGUAGAUCCCGUAGUCGCAGUGAACGAGAGAAGUCGUUCCGCUUGUACGUAGACGGAGUUUUCGACUCCGUGCACGUUGGGACAGUACAUCAGCUUCGCCAAGCAAAGCUUGCCUUCCCAUCUGUCCAUCUCCUCGUCGGGCCUUUUACUGACGUACAAAUACGUGCACACGAAAUGUCCACUAUCCUCCCUCAUGUCGAACGCUGCGAACUUAUUCGGCAUAUACGCUGGGUAGACGAGGUUCUUGUCGACGCGCCCGUCGUCCUGUCCGAAGACUUCCUCACGCGCCACCGUAUCGACUACGUUGCAGUUGAAGAGGGCAGCUCCGUAGAUCCCGCGAUUAGCAAGGCACGACUUGCGGGAUACGAUCUCGUGAAAAGCAUUGGCAAAGCAAUACCAACCCGGCGUACCCGUAACGUUAUUGCCUCGGCACUUUCCCUUCCUCGCGAAUCCGCUGCACCAACGCCCGCGAUGCCACCUUCCCGCAAACUCGAGCCAUCGACAUUCACUCCACCGACUCCUCCAGCAACAUCAAACGAUCACACUUCACCUGAGCAAGAGACGCCAGAGCCGAAAGAGGAAUUUGGAGAGUAAAUAAGCCGUCCGGCCUCGAUUCAUUCUUUCAACACCGUAUUACCCAUUCUAGAUCGGACUAUUCAUGCAACAGCAAUUCUCAAUAUCCCUCAAUAUCCUGCCUUGUACUACUACUGAUAUGCACCCUGUACUCGG